GAACGGAAGCGGCCGUCGCGCGUCCGCCGUCAACGCGCGCCGCCGGUUCCUCGGAGGGGCCUCGAGGCCCGGCGAACUCGGCUGGCUCGGCGCGGCCCGCGCAGCCCCCGCAGCCCCCGCCCCCACGCCGGCCUCCAUCUUCCCGGCGUGCUCCGGGCGCCGCGGCCAUGUUGCGGUAGUUUGUUGUUUUCUCCCCCGGAGGCGGAGGGGCCGCCGUAACCGCGCCGCGCCCGACGACGCGCAGCCCCGGCCCUGGCCCAAGCCCCCUCCGCCGCCAGCCCCGCCACCCGUCUCCGAACGGGCCCGUCGGCCCCCAGCCUGCUGGCGGUGCGCGGCUGAGGGCCGGGACCAACGAGCACCAUGGCGGCCGCCCUGGGAGCGGGCGGAGGAGCGGGCGCUGGAGACGAUGACUUUGACCAGUUUGAUAAGCCUGGUGCAGAACGGUCCUGGAGGAGAAGAGCUGCGGAUGAGGACUGGGACAGUGAACUUGAAGAUGACUUACUGGGGGAAGAUUUGCUAUCUGGCAAAAAGAAUCAGUCGGAUUUGUCAGAUGAAGAGCUCAAUGAUGAUCUUUUACAGAGUGAUAAUGAAGAUGAAGAAAAUUUCAGUUCUCAGGGUGUCACAGUUAGUCUGAAUACCACAUCUGGCAUGGUUACAUCAUUUGAACUGUCUGACAACACUAAUGACCAAUCUGGAGAACAGGAAUCUGAGUAUGAACAAGGAGAGGAUGAACUAGUUUAUCACAAAUCUGAUGGAUCAGAAUUGUAUACUCAAGAGUACCCAGAAGGACAGUAUGAAGGCCACGAUGCUGAGUUGACAGAAGACCAAAUAGAAUAUGUGGAAGAGCCAGAGGAGGAGCACCUUUACAAUGAUGAAGUGUUAGACAUCGAAAUCAAUGAACCUUUAGAUGAAUUUACAGGAGGUAUGGACACUUUGGAACUCCAGAAGGACAUAAAAGAAGAAUCAGAUGAAGAAGAUGAUGAUGAUGAAGAAUCUGGACGAUUACGUUUCAAAACUGAAAGGAAAGAAGGAACAAUUAUUAGGCUCUCAGAUGUAACUAGAGAGAGAAGGAACAUUCCAGAAACUUUGGAGCUUUCAGCAGAAGCCAAAGCUGCAUUGCUUGAAUUUGAAGAAAGAGAGCGCCAGCAUAAACAGGGGCGCUAUGGCUCCAGGCGGGGAGGACGGAGAGGAGGCUCUCUCAUGUGCCGUGGAAUGGGAGACCAGAGGAGAGAGAGCAGUGAGAGGGCAAGAAUGAAGGAUCACAGACCUGCUCUGCUUCCCACGCAGCCUCCUGUCGUGACUCAUUCUCCAAGAUUAAUUCCUCCGCCACAGCCACAGCCUCCCCCUCCACCGCCGCCGCCCCCUCCUCAGCAGCAGCCGAUCAGAAGUUUGUUCCAGCAGCAGCAGCUGCAGCCUCUGCUCCCCUUGCAGCACCCGCACCACCCCUCCCCGCCUCAGGGGAUGCACAUGCCUCCCCAGAUAGAGACCCCGAGAAUAAUGAUGACCCCUCCACCCGUGACACCUCAGCAGCCUAAGAACAUCCAUAUCAAUCCACACUUCAAAGGGACGGUGGUCACUCCUGUUCAAGUGCCCUUGCUGCCAGUUCCAAGCCAGCCGAGACCUGCCGUGGGACCCCAGAGAUUCCCGGGCCCUCCAGAAUUUCCACAGCAUACACCUGGACCUGUUCCUAACAAUUUUAGCCAGCCCCCAAGACUUCCUCUCCAGGAUCAGUGGAGAGCCCCACCCCCGCCUCAGGAGCGAGACCCCUUCUUCUUAGGAGUUUCAGGUGAACCAAGGUUCCCGAGUCAUCUUUUUUUGGAACAGCGAAGUCCUCCUCCACCACCACCACCUCCCACGCUUCUUAACAGUAGUCAUCCUGUUCCUACUCAGAGUCCUUUACCUUUCACUCAGCCGGGACCAGCAUUUAAUCAACAAGGACAGCAACCAGUGUUCCCAAGAGAGAGGCCUGUGAGACCAGCCCUGCAGCCUCCAGGUCCAGUGGGGAUUCUGCAUUUUAGCCAGCCAGGGUCAGCAACCACACGGCCUUUCAUUCCUCCUAGACAGCCGUUCCUGCCUGGCCCGGGACAGCCGUUUCUGCCCACGCAUGCACAGCCUAGCCUGCAGGGGCCCUUGCACCCUCCAUUGCCACCUCCACAUCAGCCUCAGCCGCAGCAGCAGCAACCCCAGCAUCAGCAGCAGCCCCAGCACCACCAGCACCAGCCCCCGCUGCAGCCUCCGCACCAGCCUCCCCCUCAGCAACUGCCUCCCCCACAGCAUCCGCCGCCCCCCCAGCACCAGCCGCAGCAGCACCAGCACCACCACCACCUUCCCGCCCCUCCGCCUCCCCUGAUGCCCAUGUCCCAGCCACAGUUCAGGCCGCAUGUGCAGACUGCUCAGCCACAGCCAAGCAGCAGUCGGAUGCAGUGCCCCCAGCGCCAGGGGCUGAGGCACAAUACAACAUCUCAGAAUGUAACCAAACGACCAAUGCAGCAGAUGCAGCCUACUGCUCCAAGAAACAGUAAUUUGCGUGAAUUACCCAUUGCACCCUCACACGUUAUCGAAAUGAGCAACAGUCGCUGCUCCUCCACGCCCGCAGCCCAAGUGAAACCUGUCGUCAGCAUGUCACCACCUGUGAGGGCUGUGGUGGCCUCCAGGAGCUCACAGGGCAAGGCUGAAGCAAAAGUCAAGCCAGCUAGCCCUAUGGCUCCACCUAAAGAAGAAGCAAAAGCAGAACCAGAGUUUCCUGAUGAAGAUGAAGAAACGAAGCUAUAUCGCUUGAAGAUAGAAGAACAGAAGCGCCUAAGAGAAGAAAUCCUGAAACAGAAGGAGUUACGACGGCAACAGCAAGCUGGUGCCAGGAAGAAGGAGUUACUGGAAAGGCUUGCCCAGCAGCAGCAGCAACAGCAGCAGCAGCUCUACGCCCCCCCACCCCCAGCAGAGCAGGAGGAGCAGACAGCCUCACCUUCACCCACCAAUGGUAACCCACUGUUGCCCUUUCCAGGUGCACAGGUCAGACAAAAUGUGAAAAACAGACUUCUUGUUAAAAACCAAGAUGUCACUGUUUCAAAUAUUCAGCCCAAAAUGUCAAAUUUUGUACCAUCUGGUGCUAACAUGCAGUAUCAAGGACAGCAGAUGAAGCCACUGAAACAUUUGAGACAGGCCAGAACAGUACCUCAAAGUCAAGCUCAGCCGUUGCACAAAGUACUUCAGAUAAAACCUGCCGAUGCGGAAGAGCCACCUCACCCCCAGACAGCCCGAGUGGCAUCCAUCCAGGGCCGGCCCCAGGACAUAAAGCCUGGUGUGAAAAGGACUGUCAUGCACCGGGCUAACAGUGGUGGUGGAGAUGGGCCACACCUCAGCUCCAAGGUCAGGGUGAUUAAGUUGUCAGGCGGGCAGGGAGGAGAGAGCGACGGCUGUUUUCACCCAGAUGGCCAGCCCCCACGACUCCCUCAGCCUCCAGAAGAGAGAGCGCAGCCUGCCCGCAAGGUGACUCUGACCAAGGGGGGCCUUCAGCAGCCCCAGCACCUGCCGGUGGUGCCCCACAUGCACUCGGCUGUUCCUCCAGGGAUUAAAAGCAUCCAAGGAAUUCACCCGGCAAAGAAGGCCCUCAUGCACGGACGAGGCAGAGGAGUGGCAGGCCCCAUGGGCCGGGGGCGCCUGAUGCCCAACAAACAGAAUCUGCGGGUGGUGGAAUGCAAGCCGCAACCCUGCGUGGUGUCUGUGGAGGGUCUGUCAUCAUCCACGACCGAUGCCCAGCUGAAGAGCCUACUGAUGUCGGUGGGACCCAUCCAGAGUUUACAGAUGCUUCCCCAGCAACGGAAAGCCAUAGCUAAGUUCAAGGAACCAGCCCAUGCAUUAGCAUUUCAACAGAAAUUCCACAGGCAUAUGAUAGAUUUGUCCCACAUAAAUGUGGCCCUGAUUGUGGAGUGAUUUCCAACAAGAGAGUCUGACCUUCUGCUAUACACACACUGUGGAAUUUCUUCAAGGAAGCUGCCAGCCGGCACAGGAUCCCUGGGAGCUUAGGGCUCUCCAGUCUACAGUCUUGCCGUAACUGUUGUCCGGAGCGCCAGCCAGCCACAGGGUUGAUUCCAGAAGAGCUGAAUUUACAGGACACAACAAGUCAGAGUUUGAUGUUAGAUUGCUUCAAAUUCUGUUGUCACCAUGGAGAACUCCAGUUUUUCAUUUUCUUUUGUUUUCAAUGUGCUUAAUAUGCAUGUAGACGUUGUUCUUCGUGAUCUUGCUGUAUGAUUGAUCACAGUGACUUAGGUUCAGGAAAGAACAUUAGUGUCACAAAUUCUAAGUAUUUUUCACAGCAAAGAAUAUUUGAUAAUGGUUGCACUUAUCUUCAGUGCAGGCUAGAAAAUAGUUUUCUCAACCAGGCUUAACUUGUCUUCUCAGAAAGCCCUCAAAAGGCUCUUGUAAAAAUGUAGAUUAAAAUCUGGGUGAUUAUUGAUUGACUUGCAUAUCCUGGAAAGUCAGGGUAGGAGUGGGUGGUGGGCGUGGUCCAGUUGAAGGGCAGAUUCUGCUUCUUGUAAGUAUUUCACAGGCGCCAGCUGUGUGUUCCUAGUCCCAAGGCGCACUACCCGCUCCUUUCCACACUCUUCCUGAGUGUGGCGAACUAGCGGGCAGGCACCACCACACUUCUGUGGCUCAGCGGAGGGCGUUUGCUGUCCUUUCAUCCAGCAGCUCUCUGACCCGGGUUCCUACCCUGCAAGAUUGAGGAACAGCUUGAAGGUUGAACAGACCUAUUUGGUUUUUUUCCUCUUUUUAAAUCCAGCCCAAGGUGGCUUAUUUGUGCCACUGGCUCUGUGAUGUAUAUAACAUUCUUUGGGAAUUUGUUUAUCAUUGCUUUGAUUGACACCCCCCUCCCCCCCUUUUUUAAGGUCUUUGAGCAGGACUGCACUGUCCUUCAGUGGACCUGAAGAGCAAAGGGAUGCUUACCCUCACAUGCCGUUCUCCACAGCAUGUGGCAUUGGGGGUGGCUGUCUUACAGGGACAACGUAGCCCAAAAUAAAAUGUGUUUGUGUCAUCACUGAAACUGCUUUUAGUCAUUCUGGGUAGAUUCCUUUAGGUGAGACUUACUCUCCAUAAAGCAACUUUUACUAAAAUUCAUUCUAGGCAAACACUGAAAAAAGUGCCUUAUUGUAUUUCUGCUCAUGAAAGAGUUCCACUAUUUUGGAUAUAUUCUAAAGUAGACCUGACGUAUUUGAGCAAAUAAUACUAGGGCAUACUCAGACUUUUGAGCUGUAUUUUAUACCUACGAUUUCAUGGUAAAUUUAUUAGUAGAAUUAAGGGAAAUAGAAGCUUGUUAUCACUUACUGCCUCUGGUUAACCCAGUGAGGACCAGAGUGAGCACUGAAGCUCUCUGGAGCAAGCUCCUCCCUCUGGGUCUGUUAACCUUCUAGUAGGAGCUAAGGGAUGAGGUCAGGGGACUUGGAUCGUCUUAUUUCCACAGUUGACAUAUUACUUUUUCAAAUUAAGUUACCAAAACAAACAUCAAGAACUGGAAAAGAGUAUACCAGACCCUGUGAGACUUUAUGUAGCAUUGAUUCUUUUGUUUUUUUUUUUUUUGUUAUGUAGCAUUGAUUCUAAAAUGACUUUGUAUGUUUAAGAGUAACACUGGAAAAUGCAGGUGGUAGGUGGUUCAUGGCUGCUCUUCAGAAGAUUUUGGUUCCAGGAAACUAUAGGCACUCAUAGGAUAUACCAAAAAACCUUCCAUCUGUGGAGCCUGGCCACCUCUGUUCCAGAAAGCCCCUAACUCUUGGAAGGUGUUAUUGUAUGCCUCACCAUACCUUCAGUAGAGUGUCCAAGUGACAGGUGUGUGUGCCUGGCGGCUGGUUGACAGGGCUGUCACUGCCCAGUUAUCUUCACAGUUAGAUACGAUAUUUUUAUAUAUAUUUAAAGUGUAGCUUUGGCUCAGUCCACAGAGAGCUGCAUUAAAGUGAGUUUGGCAGCCCAACAAGCACUAAGAAUGGCCUAAGCCAUUCAGUGCCCACGGGGCAGUGGGGACUUACUGAUUCACUUUACCUUUGAGGACUUACGCAAUAAAAUGAGUUUAACAGGUUUUUACCGAUUUCUGAAAUAGUCUGAGUGUGCUGUGGUUUUAAAACCGAAAAUCUACUUGUUGCCUCUGAGAAGUAAGCAUUGAAGCAUGCUUUUUUCUAGUUAGUGGUAAUCAAAUCUAAUCCUCUUUGGGCACCGUUGUUCAAGACAGACUUCAUGGCUACUUUAUGGUCUGCUCUGGGCAUUGUCUGAGUAUGACAUGGGUUCCCAGGAAUAGGUGUGUGUGUCAGCAUCUGUCCACAAACACAUGUAAGCAAGCUUGCUCCUGACAUAUGUUCUCAAAAGACGAACAGCUAAGCCACCUGUGGGCCUUUCAUACACCACCAGUUAGAAUAGCCACAACACAGUCUGGCCUCUCUUAAUACACACAACCAUUGAGGAUGGACUCUCCAUACCAGACAAUCCCAGUAAUAAAGGUUUAGUUUCCUUGAAGGAAACUAGAAAAGGAAAGAAGCAGAAUUAGAAAGUAAUGUUAUUUCCAUUUUUGCUGCACCUCUGGCAGUGAUGUCAGACCACAUAAGCUGAACCCUCGUGGAAGAUCUGCUGCAACCAUUAUCUUUGUUCUUUAUUUAUCAUGCAUUAAAAUGAGAUGCAGAAGCAUUUAGCAUACUGUGUAAAUAUGGACCUUUUAAAACUAAAACGUUAUUGGACAUACUUUCGACUCAGCAACAUCUUAGCUAUUUGUUAGUUCUUUUGUGUUGUCUUAUCAAAGUUUAAUGGAUACAGUUCCAUAAUUGUUGAUGUGUUUGUGUGUAUAUUCGAUUUUUAUAAAGAUGGUAGUAAGUCAAUA